UUCUCUGUCACUCUAAUUACGUGUUCAUUGGAGUAAAAGAGAAAGAUCCCCACAAUUUGCGAAUUUCGGUUUUCGCGGUAGGCCCUCUGCAAUUUAGGUUUACGUCUGUCCUGUGGAUAUAGUCUAAUUUUCUGAUUUAACUUUUAUCCGCAUAGCUUUUCUAUUAAUCUGUGUAAUAAAGCCAUUGCGUAUAAGCUGUAAAUUAUUAGCCACGGGACAAUAGUUACAACAUAUUGUAAAAUCUGUGUAUAUUAUAUCAUAUAACAUAGGUAUACAGAUUUUAGACCUAUAAUGGCUAUAAUAGGUAUGGCCCUCCAUAAUCAAUGUACCUACAUUUGAAAUAGAUAUAUGUUACAGUUUCCUACACAAUCAUAACAACUCUAAUUAAACAAGAGUUUAUUAAAUAUAAAUAGCUAUUCCUCAAUAUCCUUACUACCCCCUUGGCCCCCAUUAUCCUUAAAAUGUUACCUCUUUAUCCUUAAAUGGGUAAAAUAUUUUUUUCACUGGCAACAUUUUCGAGUCAGGGACCUUGAUUUCUUGUAGCGGCAUCCCCGACCGUUAGUUUGCGCAGGUGGCGCUCCAAGACGCACGCAUGCGUUACGCUGCGAGCCGAAACGUGCAUUGACAGAAUUACAUUAACAUUUAUUGUACAAAUAUUAAUAAAAAACCAUUAAAUACAAACUUUAACAAAUACAGUGUGCCUGUGAAUUAACAAGGAAUAAAGUGUUCAAGUUCGAAAUUAAUAAAAAAUAUACAAAAAUCGAUUGUAAAAAGCGACUUUUCUUUAUUUUCUGGUCGGUUUUCUCGCUGUAAACCGUCUUGGAGGUAUCGUGGGUGUUGUAAGUUUUGCAACAAGUGCAGUUGGCUAGUGUCGGGAACUGGUUUUCGGGGACCGUUGGGUUUUUUGUUGUUUAUGUUCAUUUAGGUGUGUUGUUUUGCGAGUUGAGAGUGUGUGCGGUGAGCGGGCGCCCGGCGAUGCUGCAAUCCCGUGCAAGAGGCUCAGGCUAACCUGUCAUCUUUGCAUGAUAUCAGACUCGGCGGUGGUGUUCGGGCUGGUUUGCCGAAUGAUGUGUGGAUCGAGGCACCCGACAUGGCUGCGCUCUCCUGCUACCAGCCGUGCCGGUCGCACCUCGCGCAGCCCGCUAGGUGCCUAGACGAAGAGGAGGAGCGGUUGGCGUCGGCCACCCUCUCCCUGCGGCGUCGGCAAUUCGUGGAGAGAUGCCACGAGCCGCGCCCGCGCCCCGCCAUACCUGAGGUUUCCGUCAAGCGGACGCGCGAAGAGCUAGCGAAGCAUGCGGCACAAAACCCGGUGAACCGCCGGCUCAAUGUGGAGUCGGGCUGGUCCAAGGUCGAGGAAGUGAGGAAGAAGUUCGAGAGGGCAGCGGCCGAACCCUCGUACUCCAGGUCCUUCGAGUCGCCCCCCAGACGGCGUCUAGCAGACUCCCUGUUCGCGAGCUUUAAGCUGCCCCGCAAGAAGGACGCCAUGCUGACGCCGCGCGCCCCCGCGCAGCAGAAGCGCAAGAGCGCCGUGGAAAUGUUGGCUGAGUCCAAGGCAUUCUACGUCAAGUCCGAGACUGUGCUGGAUCGAAAACAAGAGCUUCCGCUUAGGGUAAGCAGCGGUUUGGGUCAAGCUAUCGCUGCCGGUGGCUGCCACCUGGUCAGCUCCAGUACGCUCAACAACGACUGCUGCAAUCCCUAUGCUACAACCGGUCGCGCUACAAGCACGCGGCGAGCCGUAAGCGCGGGGGAAGGACUCCAGAGCACACUCAGAAGGCUGCUGGGACAUGCUGACAGUAGGGAGAAUAUGUACCCUCCACAUUAUACACCGCACAAAAUGUACGCAGAGCCCAGACGCCUGAAAGACUACCCCGGGGACAGGCCGCCCGGCACGCUGUCCGGCACCUCCUCGUCCGGCUCCGGCUCCAAGCCCACCGACAAGAGACCCCUCAACUUCGACGCGAGGGUGUUUUUCCCCGAAUCAUUUGUCAUACCGCGACAGCAGGUGCGGGUUAAGAACACCUACUCUAUACCGAGCUCCGCAUCCAGCCCUGAGAACAUCGAGUUACCCGAGCCAAUGUUAAGCGCCGAAGGAUCACCGCCGGCAGAAGCCAUUGACGCCAUAAGUCCCCCGGCGCAGUACGCUCAUUCUGCUCCUAGAUACAUCAGAUCGAAUUCGCACUCGCAACCGAGCAUGCGCGAAGAAGAUGGAUGCACAAAUAUCAACAGUCACAAGUCACUCCCAGACCUACAUACACAAGCGAGAGGCUACCACGAACAUGCGGGAAGCGGCACGGACACGAUCGGGCGCUCGCCGCGCCGGCGCCGCCACUCCACGCACCAGAGGACUGCGUCCUGCUCUUCCAAAGGCACAAGGUCUAACCAUUCUUCGCUAAUGUCGAGCGAGGCAUUUUCGGAGCAUCCCUCGCCCGGUGAAGAAAACUAUCAGUCUUACAAUAGCCGAUGCGGCUCCUCGUUCGCCCGCGACUCGGGCGGCUCGUCGGGGCACUACACGCAGCACAGCGCGCCCCCCGCGCCGCGCCCCGCCCCCAGGGACCCGCGCGACUCCGGCUGCUCCACCACCGAUCGCUACGGCGGUUACUACGGCUCCUGGGCGGGACUAGAAGAGUGCUACGUGUCCGCGCCGCCCCAGUUCCAAGACGGCGCGCCGUCGCCGCCUCACGCGCCGCCGCCGCCGCUAUAUCCUCCACGGGUGGGCAUACACUUCCAGGCGAGCGCGCCUCCCCCUCAGUUCCAAGACGAGCCUUUAUACGACUACAAUGACUACGACUGCGCCACCUACAAGCCGCCCACCAAGUGCCACGGACGGAAGGAGUACGCUUCUAGAGAACGAGACUACAACAGGUAUCACGAGAGCGGCGCAGAGCCUAUCAGCAAACAACCGCAGUACGCAGAGCGACGCGCGCGCAUUGACGAUUCGCAGGAAUAUGUUAAUACCAGCCAGAUGUGUCCUCCCGAGGAAGUAACAUCUCCACUGGGAACGUUCAAACGUCAGCGCUGUUUGCGGUACAAGCAGCGACGCCCGAGACCAAUAUUACGGUCGAAAUCCGACAUCUCCGACAGGUACCGGCGCAGCGACGGGCGCAGCGCGGCGUCGGCGCCGUGCGAGGACGCCGCGGCCGCCAGCCCCGAGGAGGGCUCGGCGCUGCAGCAGUUCUUCGAGCGGCUCGGCCUGGAGCCCCGGCAGUAUGACGCGCUGCUCAGAGACGCCUUGCCCGACAGUCCCGUGUUCUUCUCGUCUGCGUCCACUGUGGAUUCUAAUCAACUGGCCAAUGCUGCGGAUUAUACUGUCCAAGGCCCCGGCGUCCAAAAACAGAUCUACCGCAACACGGAACCGCCAAGUGUAGUGGAACGGAACGCGCGUAUCAUCAAAUGGUUAUGUCAGUGCCGCAAGACGCAGAUGCAGACGCCGCAGUGAAGACGCCGCUUUAACGCAGUGAGGACAUUGCUUAACAUAUGACACAGAUGCAUUCGCAGUGUGGACACAAUUUAAACGCAGUGAAAACGUAGCAAGCCUAUUACCGCCAAAGACGUCAUCUGACGCUGCCUAAUAUCAAACUUCGCGAAUUCCGACAAAGUGUAACACGACGUGCCGCGCGCGUUAGGCGUGGCGUACAAAGGCUUAACUAUAGUCUGGCAAACCACUUUGUUAGUUGAAAAAAAGCGAAAUAAACAGUAUGACACGUCGAUAAAUGACGCCUAUAUUUCAAAUUUACCGCUUUUGACCAAAUUGGUUUGCUGGACUUUUAAACAUAGAUGCAGUUGCAGUGUACACUCCGUAUAAAGGCAGUUAGCGCGACAGUGAGAACAUAGCUUAACUGAAAAAACAUUGUCGCGGUGAGAUGGCGACACAGCCUAAGAAAUACAAUAUACAGUCACAAUGAGGACCUAGUUUAAAGUAUAAAUCUGAACAGCGGCAGUGAUAGUAUAGCUUAAUAAUAAUAUUACUUAGGUAUAUCACUCAAAUGUUGCUCAACACCAGCCUUAUAGCGCGUUGGCUGUCAAAGCCGUCACAGACGGGCGUACCGGACCGUGACCUUGGUCCGGUCAGCAUAUCUCUUGCUCGCUCUCACUUAUGACUGCGUCCUUAACGGACGUACAGCGGGCGACCUUACAUCGAUCGAACAUGGCUCGUACCGGACCAAAGUCGCAGUCCGGUACGCCUGUCUGUUGCAGCUUUUAAACUCGGCAUGCAGCGAUAAUUGGCCGUAGAGGCUUGAUCAAUAUGUGAAUCUAAAUGAAAUUAGCUAUAAGCACAGUGUGCAGAGUGAUAUAUUAAAUUCUGAGAGAAGUAGUCAGUAAUAAGAACGACUGAUUCUCAUAUAAAUUAAACAACUGUAUUAAUUAUUGAGACGAUAAAAUUAACGUCUGAAUAGUGUAAGAGUCAUCUGUAAAUGAAAUAAUUGAAUUACUAAAAUAUCUCAAAAUUUUGAAUUUUAAUAAGUUAAUGUAAGAAGAACCUAAGAUAGAUAGGUCAUAAUAAAUGUCGAUAUGAUGGUAAGAUUUCUGUUAUAAUGUGGUUUACUACCGAAGUGACAACAUCAUCAAUAUCAGGGUCUCUAUUGUUUCCCAUAAAGGUUUCAGUCAUAAUGUAUUGUUUGUCCGCAUUUUUGUUAGUCAUAAUUUGGUUUUUCUCAGAAACGCGUUACUUUUCAGGAUUGUCAUAAAACAAACCUAACCUAACCUAUCUAUAGGAUAACCUUACGAAAAUCCUGAGAAGUUAACGGUUUCAGAAUUAUGACAAAUGAUAAUCUGACAAUCAUUACAUUGUGACUUUCAAUAAUUAUGUUAAUAAAGGGAUCCGUCAAUAUCAUCUUCCUCGCGUUGUCGUGGCUUCUUGCCACGGCUCAUGAGAGCCUGGGGUCCGCUUGGCACCUAAUCCCAAGAAUUGGCGCAGGCACAUGUUUUUGCGAAAGCGACUGCCGUCUGACCCAACCCAGAAGGAAACAAGACCUUAUUGGGGUUAGUCCGUUUUCGUCACGAUAUUUCGGCUGUUGGAUUGCUCACCGCAACGUUUGUCAUUGGUUGUAGUUCUAAUAGUCAUUAGACGUGGGGUGAUGUGGCGCGCGCUGAGUGUUUGAAGGCGGCAACGUUGUAAUAAUAUCACGACAUACUAAAAGUUUCGCCGUAGUUCCGUACAAACGAAAUUUUCUGAGGAUAUGCAUGUAUUGCAGGUGUAAGAGUUUGCGGGAGGACAAUGUGAAAUAUACUGAGUUAAAAAGUUGUCGACUUGAAAAGUUGAAAAAAUGUAGAUAUGAUUCGUAAUAAAAUGCGUCUGUACGCGACAGCUUAUGGAAUGGCCAACAUAAAAAAAUGUUGAUGGUUUCGUGAUACAUACAGUUGUAAUUUAUAUAAUUAUGCUGUCACCUCGGAAGUAACUAACCCUUCUUAAUAAUACCUGAAGUCUUCACUAAAAUUACAAAUUAAUUCUUCGUUCAUUUUCAAUGCCGAAAUGAUUAGUUAAUACUUUUUCAGAAUGAUUAUUUCCAAAUCUCAUGCACUGAAUAAUAAUAAUAAUCGAGCUAUCGCGGGAAAAACAAUAAAAAAUUACAAUGCUUUUCUAACAAAUGUAUUCCGAGUUGAAUGUAAGAAAUUUGUUUUGCUCGGUUGCUUGAUAAAGGGCUUUUAUUUGUUGAAGAAUAACAUCAAUUCAAUCCUGUAUUUAAUCGCUAACCAUACUGUAUAGUAUGGUAAUAAUAUGUACAUAUAUUUUUUUAAUCAAUUGAAAAUAGUUUUUUUUGCAAGAUUUUCGGCGUUUAAAAUGAAUAAUUGUAAAUAAAUGUAAAAACGUAAUAUCAGAUAAUAUUUUUGAUCGCAAUAACUAAAGUUUGGAAAAAAGAUCAAAAAAUAUUUUUGUCCCUAACAACGUACAAGUCGCGAGCUUAGUGAAUGUGUUGUACAAUCUAAAUUGAGAUAGUGUGACUGUCUUACUUUAUUGAACUGUUUGGUCGACCCCAUUCAAUGCAUAGAGAAAAAAGAAGUAAUAGAGUGCUCACUCCAUACAUAAGUUUUGGUACCUAAAUGCUUAUUAUAUACGCAGUCGACAUCUAGCAUCGAGUAGCGGAACUCUCAGUACUGCUACUCGACAAUAGAUGUCGCGGCAAGCAAAAAGUCUAAUGCUCAACGAUUUUCCGCUAAUAUUAUAACCAUAGUAACCGGAACUCUAUUUUCAACUUCUACACUUACUCUGGUUAUAAUAUUAGCUGAAAAUCUUUGAACAUUAGACUUUUUGUUUGCCGCGAUAUCUAUUGUCGAGUAGCAGUACUGAGAGUUCCGCUACUUGAUGCUAGAUGUCGACUGCGAAUAUAAUAAUCAUUUUGGUACCAAAACUGAUGUAUGGAGUGAGCACUCUAUUACUUCUUAUUUCUCUAUGUUCAAUGCCAUGGACGCCUAAAGGCGUCAUGAGUUGUGUCCAUAGCGCCUAGGACGUAUACGUGUUAAAGUAGUAAUCUUACGUUCUUAAAAUGGUAUUCGAAUUUAGCUAAACUGACACAUACGUGCGUGCGUGUAUCAUUAGACAUAUUAGUCUUAAUAAAAAAUACUUCCGUGAGGCUUAGACAUAUUAAAUAUAUUAAAGCGGUCACUUACUUUUUUAAAGUCGAUAAUGCUCGACAAGUUGGACCGGUUGGAAGUCGUAUCGGUCGGGGAGUGAAGCGUUUUUAUACAUUUAAUAUAGGAAAUUUUAUGGGUCUAAGUUACAUAAAACUACUGUUGUUUUACUCCAGCAAAUUUUGAAUACCACGCACCAUUGACAUAUAUCUAAGGACGGGCCUAUAUAUUCCGCCCGUAAAUUAUUGCAGGUGACUGAAUAAACAUACCCUGUAUAUCUAA